UUUAAGACCAUUUUGGAAUAAUUAAUGACGUCGCGCUGUAAACACGACUGACGCUCAGCUGCGUGGCCGAAGCAUCCUCCAAGAGCCCAAGACCUCUCCAGGUUCCCGUGUUUAUCUCUCGACGGGACCGCUGCAAGGCACGAAAAUAGCUACGGUUCACCUCGACUCUCAUAUGUGGUCUCCAAAACCCGGACGACGACGGUGCUGCAUCUCUCCUACCAAGUGCCAUGGCUAGAAAGACGGACAUCCCCUCCUCUAACUAUGGUGAGCCGCGCAAGUUUGACCCAAACUUCAGAGGGCCUGUCCAUAACAGGAGCUGCACUGAUGUGGUUUGCUGUGUUAUUUUCAUCAUCGUCAUCCUCGGCUACAUCGCUCUGGGUACAGUUGCCUGGAUCCAUGGCGACCCCAGGAAGGUCGUCUAUCCAACCGACAGCCACGGUCAGUUCUGUGGCCACCAGAACACCCCCAAUGCACACAAAGCCAUAUUAUUCUACUUCAACAUGCUGAAAUGUGCCAAUCCUGCAGUUUUAAUUAACCUCCAGUGCCCUACAACCCAGCUCUGUGUCUCCAAGUGCCCUGACAGAUUUGCAACUCUCCUGGAUGCGUGGAAUACCAAAAAUUGGGAAUAUUACAGGCAAUUCUGCAAGCCGGGCUUUGAGAUUGGCAGCAAGUCAGCUACAGAAGUCAUACGAGAUGAAGACUGCCCGUCCAUGAUCGUGCCAAGCAGACCUUUCCUUCAGCGGUGCUUCCCCGAUUUCAUUACAAGAAAUGGAAUUUUGACUGUAGCCAAUCAGACCCUCUUCAAAGACGGAAACAACAAUGAGAGAAGUGUCAGCGACCUCAAAGAAGCUGCCAAAGGUUUGGCAAGUCUGCUCAAUGCCAGAGAAAUUGGCAUGAAGAUCUUUGAGGAUUAUGCAAAUUCCUGGGACUGGAUCCUAAUUGGUCUGGUGAUAACCAUGGUGGUCAGUCUGCUCUUUAUCCUGCUGCUGCGCUACACUGCGAGCGUGCUCCUGUGGCUCACUGUCUUCGGUGUCUUUGGUGCGCUCAACUACGGAAUCUGGCACUGCUACUGGGAGUAUGACACCCUGACCGGGAAGCCGGGCGCUGAUGUCGCCAUCUCUGAUAUCGGCCUCCACACAGACUUCAGCAUUUACCUUCAGCUCAGCCAAACGUGGCUCAUCUUCAUGAUCUCACUUUCUGUGAUUGAGGUCAUCCUUUUUAUUAUGGUGAUAUUUCUGAGGAUGAGGCUGCGCAUUGCUAUUGCGUUACUGGAGGAGGGAAGCAAGGCCAUCAGCCACAUCAUGACCACUCUCUUCUACCCCAUUAUCACCUUUUUCCUUCUGGCCAUCUGCAUCGCUUACUGGGCUGUCACAGCUGUCUUCUUGGCAUCAUCCGGUAACGCAGUCUACAAGGUCACACCUACUGAUGAUGCAUGCAUGUAUGCCAACCUCACAUGCCGUCCAAAGACCUUCAGUCAGACCAAUAUUACCAAAGUUUGCCCCGGAGCACAAUGCUUGUUUGCCUUCUAUGGUGGGGAGAGUGUGUACCACCGUUAUAUCCUAGUCCUCCAUCUGUGUAACCUGUUCGUGUUCCUCUGGCUGGUCAACUUUACCAUCGCGUUGGGCCAGUGCACUCUGGCCGGGGCCUUCGCGUCCUACUACUGGGCUCUGAAGAAGCCGGAUGACAUCCCUGCCUGCCCGCUCUACUCCUCUUUCAGUAGAGCCAUACGGUACCACACAGGUUCUCUCGCCUUUGGUUCUCUGAUACUCGCUGUGGUGCAGCUGGCCCGAAUUGUUCUCGAGUACCUGGAUCACAAACUCAGAGGUUCUCAAAAUGCAUGCGCUCGGUUCCUGUUUUGCUGCCUCAGAUGCUGCUUCUAUUGCCUGGAACGUUUCAUCAAGUUUAUAAACAGGAAUGCAUACAUUAUGAUAGCAAUAUAUGGAAAGAGCUUCUGCACCUCUUCUAGGGAUUCUUUCUGCCUCUUGAUGAGGAAUAUUAUUCGGGUGGCUGUCCUGGACAAGGUGACAGACUUUCUGCUCUUCCUUGGAAAACUGCUUAUUUCAGGAAGUGUCGGUGUUCUUGCAUUUUUCUUCUUCACACGUAAGAUACCAGUCAUUCAAGAGGAGGUGCCAUCCCUAAAUUACUUCUGGGUCCCCCUUCUGACGGUGAUUUUUGGAUCCUACAUGAUUGCACAUGGCUUUUUUAAUGUCUAUGCCAUGUGUGUGGACACAUUGUUCCUGUGCUUUUUGUGGGAUUUGGAGGUGAACGACGGCUCUCCUGAACGGCCCUUCUACAUGAAGAGAUGCUUGCGGAAACUCCUGAACAAGACCAAUGUCCAGAAAACGCGCAGAGAACGCAGAUAAGAUGAAAGGUGGGGGACAGACAAAGACUGAAGUUCAUUUACCAAAGCUUGGUACAAGCCCAUGAGGCAGUAAGCAUUUUGUCAAAUAAAAUUAAAGUGUGCACAGGUUGCAGCUGUACACUAUAAUGGACACACUGUAGAUAAUCAACACGAAUAAGUGACAGUUUUUUAAGAUUUAACUUGUUAACCUUAAAGGUCAGUUUGUUUAAAAAAGAAAAGGGGUUAUUUUUGAUGGUGUACAAGGUCACACCAAGUUCUUGUAAAUAGUUUUAAUAAUAUCAUUUGUUGUCAUGUUUUAUAGCCACAGUCAUACUACAUGACACAGUAAGUUUCUAUGGGAACAAGUGAUUUCUUUCUUUUUUGAGACUGUGGUAAACAUGAGCCUUUUUUGCUGUUAAGCUCUUGUAGUUACCAGUGUUCACCACUUGGUGGUGCCAUUAGUCACCAAACACCUUCUAUGUACUGACGAUGAGGUGUGAAUGCACUGCUCAUUGGACUCUUUUUAUUUUUGCCAUGAAAUGGUCGAAUGCUAGCUCAUCUGUGUAUUGUGUCAUCACAGUUUUUAACCUCACAUUGUCUCACAUUGAGAAACAUGUCUGCCAGUCAGUGUCUACUGUUUUCUUAUUUAACUUUCAAGGACAAGUUGGCACGGGAGUUCAAAGCUUCACGUGCCGUUUUGCCUUUAGCAUAGUCACAUUAAGUGUUUGAUUUCAUCUUGCAGCUAUAUAGUUUACAUUUGAAGAUGUAUGUCUGUUAUUUUUUUCAAAAGACUCAAAGGGAUAGUCCGCAGCCAGAGAUGGAGAUUUUUGUAUGUCAAGUGUAGGGAUAAAGGUGAAGUAAAAGGAUGCUCUGUGUUAAUGAUAAAGUUGUCUGUUUAUUGUCAGUGUCCAACCACCAAAAAACACAGACCCCGUCCCUGUUGCUUUGCUGUCUAAUGUGCUGUUGAUGUGCAUACAUGGGUGUCACUCACAGCUGCUCUAAAAGUUAUAUUCCCCCAAGAGUAAUCUGUAGAGCUGUAAAAUGAGGCUUUCACAGCUGAGAAAAUGUCCAGAAUUGUCAAAAAGUUGAAGAGUCUCAAACAGAAGUCUCUGGAGAGAUUAGAGAUGUUUCUGUGAUUACUUUAAAAUGUUCUUGUGUUGUCUAAACUGCGAUUAAACUCUGUGAAAGAUGGCACUUCACCUUAAUUCUGAAGAGGCCAACGUCACUUGUUGCACUUGUUGGUGUCAUGAACCUCAUUUUAAAUUGUGUUUUUGUCACUAUUGGUCCUCUCGUUGAUCCAAGGUGGAGCUGGUCCUGUACACUAUUAUUGAUUUAUUGAGGCAGUUUUAAAAAAGAACUGUUCAUUAAUCAGACAGAUUUUAUGAUAUUUUUUAAAAUUAACAUCUACUUUGGAUUGGUUGUGAGUAUAAUCUCAUCUUUGGCAUCAGACAAAGCACAAAUCCUUUUUGUGAUAUGAGUGAUGUCAUGCCAGUUUGACUGAUUGUUUGCACGACUGUUGAGCCAAGUUCAGGCGUCACCAGGUUGUCGAUCAGGUGACUGGGUGAUGCAGCUGUUGGCAGUCUCACACACUGCGUCCUUGACUUCAAAUCUCUUGUCAUUUUCCGUGAUGUUGUCAUGCAUCAGUUGGGAUGAUGCUCACCUUUAGAUCUUUGAGAUGUGACUCAUUCUUGUGGGUCUUUGUACUGCGUUUGUCAAACCUGAGAAGCCGCCCUCACGGUGCCGCAGAGUGACAGCGCUGCCAGACUCACACACCUUCUGCCCCCCGUUUGAGCUGAGCAGGCUCGAACACGUACAGCGUAAGCGUUUCCAUAAAAGCAACACAACUCAGCCUGUGUGUCUGACAAGGGGAGAACUGAUGCAUGUAGCCCUCAGUGUGGCAUUAUACGCAUUCAGCAUGUUGUUGUUCCUUUUUUUAUAUACUAGGUAACUUCUACACUCCCUGUUGUAUUUUGUAUCUUUGUGUGCAUGCGGCUCAGGUUCAUUCCCAUGAGGGUGAAUACCUGAGAUCUGAUAAGUGAAGUAAAAACAGUAAGAACAUUUUUAUAUGCCUCCUCCUCCCUCCCAUGUCUGGAAAUUAGAUUCUUUUGGUCAACCGCAGUCAACAAGUAGACACAAGUUAAACUUGAAUAUCAGUUUUCUCACCGCAAACUCUUAAAAGUCAAACUCAGUCCUCUUACCUGUCAAUACUCGAGACAGUUUUAUUUAUUGUUGCUUUAUUUGUGCAGAAAUGCCUCUGUCAUAUAUUUAUUUAUGCAGUAAAACUUGCAUGUUUUUUUAACAGAAUAUAUUGUGUGUAUGUUCAGUCAAAUAUAGAUGUGUUUUGUUACUUCUAUUUUUAUGAAUAAAUUGUUUAUCUAC